AUGUGCAAAAAAACUAUUUCCAGUGGCAAGACUAACACUAUCGAGUGUUUUGGUCUGAACAACUUGAGAAACAGAAAAGAAAGCGGGACGCCAUUUGCAACACUGCUGAUCAGACUGGAAGAACGGAAGACGUCAUCUGAUCAGACUGGAAGAACGGAAGACGUACAAGCCUGGAGACGGCAGUCAGCUGUCCCAACGCAAGCCACCUUACGAGCUAAACGGACUUCCUUCGACAACUUCAUCUCAAAUAUCAACUAUCAGUGUGAUACACAACGCAUUUUAAAUUCCUGGGUAACAUCCAAAACAACACAGAAAGACGCAAGAAAAACCAAUACGCUUCAACAACAAACUGCUUACCACCGACUCCGAAAUAGCUAA